CUCGCUCACACGCGGGCAGUUUAGAGGGAUCAUAACCCAAAAGCCUUUAUUCCCUGGUGGUGCAGUCUGAGAGGAUGGUACCAUACCAUCAUAACGUGACGGGCUACACCUGAAUCUAGAUCAAGCAGGAUUUUGAGCAGAGCAUCAGUGAACUUACGAUCAGGCAGUGAUGCACACGGGUGACGCCGUGCUCCUAUAGUCGCAUAACCAAAGACUGGCGUGGGAUCGGUCCCUGCUGCGCCUCAUCUGGAAUAACGUCGGGUAAUAGAGAAAUUCAUUCAGCGUUUUUAAGAGGCGAACAGUGUGAGAAUAAUCCCUCUCUGGCAGACGUUCAUCGGAAGCGGUUUUCUGUACUUUGCAGGAGCCAGUGCAGAUUUAUUCCGAUAUAGAAUCGCCAAAUUUACAAUAAGGAACCAUGGGAAAACAGAACAGCAAGCUGACUCCCGAGGUGAUGGAGGAUCUGGUGAAGAACACAGAGUUUAAUGAACACGAGCUGAAGCAAUGGUACAAAGGCUUCCUGAAAGACUGCCCCAGUGGUAGGCUCAAUCUGGAUGAGUUCCAGCAGCUUUAUGUCAAGUUCUUCCCGUACGGUGAUGCGUCAAAGUUUGCACAACACGCCUUCAGGACCUUUGACAAAAACGGUGACGGGACCAUCGAUUUCCGAGAGUUCAUCUGCGCUCUGUCCAUCACAUCCCGCGGCAGCUUUGAGCAGAAACUCAACUGGGCCUUCAAUAUGUACGACCUGGAUGGUGACGGCAAAAUCACCAGGGUGGAGAUGCUGGAGAUAAUCGAGGCUAUUUACAAAAUGGUGGGCACUGUGAUCAUGAUGAAGAUGAACGAGGACGGAUUGACACCGGAGCAGAGGGUGGACAGGAUCUUCAGCAAAAUGGAUAAGAACAACGACGACCAGAUCACGUUGGAAGAGUUCAAAGAGGCGGCAAAGAGCGACCCGUCCAUUGUGCUCCUCUUGCAGUGUGACAUGCAGAAGUGAGCUCGCUCCUCUCCCGUCUGUAUCCACACACUCUGGACAGCAGCACAUGUUUUAAUGUCUCAUUAGGUUCUCUGCCAUUUCCACAGGAAAAAAAAAAUGCUUGGACUAUUUUUCAAUGGACUCGCUUCUUGUGGUCGUAUGCAUGAGAAUGUCAAAUGCUGAAUAAUUUUGAAUAUAGCUAUACAAUAUCAUACAUUUAUAUUUCAAAACAUGCCAGUGUGAUUUGUGCACAGUAACCCUAUACAUUUUCAUUUAACUUUAGCUUGUAUAUCAGUCGAGCACUGCAUUAAAUUAUGUUCCUGCAGUAUUUAGGAUCCCCAAUGUUCACUGCUGCAGCUACUGUAUGCUUUACAUAAUAGUAACAAUACAAUAAUUCCUAUGAUAAUUGUAACUGUCUCUACUAUCCAGACUUCUUGAGCUCUUGGAGAAUAGAGAGGCUCCUGUCUGUUCCAGAUGUUUUCACACGAUGGAACCAAGAAGAGUAGGUUCUUUGCAUGCAUAUAUUAUGUGUCAAAAAAUAUAAUAUCUUACCUUUUGCAUCCUUAGGUGGGUAUAAAAGAGAAACCCUCCAAAAUUCAUUAUUUAUUGUUGCAUGGGAUGUACAGUAUGUGACUCAUUAGACCAUUAGUUCACCUAACGUGGGAGCAUGCUUCCCUCCAUCGAUACAUGUGUACGUGUGACACUUGAGUUUUGAAAGGCAGGCAUUUGGGUUGUGGUUGUGGGUUAAUCUCCAAGGAAGAGCCUUCACAUAAACAUAGAAUUACACACACAGAAUAAAUUUGCGCUUCAGCGAUUGCUGGGAUGAGUAGAAAUAUAUUUGCAGAGUACCAUCCCCCCAAGAUUUAUCGUACUGUUGCCGUUGAAUCAAGGGAAAAGGCCAAAAUUAACCACUGCUGUUAGGCACAGUACUCAUGCAUAUGCCGGAUGCAUUAUUCCCUAUGAUAAUACGAAAUUGGCUGGAUUUUUUUCCGAGUGCUUAUAUGAUUUAGACUCACAUGACUUUACACAGUACAUAUCAGCAUGUUUACAGAAAGGAACAGCAAAAAAAAAGUGCAAAAUAAAUACAAUCUUGGCUUUUGACCUUGAUGCUCGGAGCUCAUCCUCUAGCCAAGGGAUCCUUGUGAGAGGGGCUCCACUUCCAAUGCAACAAAAGGAAAAAGCCUCACAUAUGUUUACUGGACACACUGCAUUCCUACGUACCAAACUUUUUGUAAAGAGAAACUUUUUAUUGAAGGUCUCAUCUUCUCAACUUUUCGGUUUUCAGUGAUCAUUAAUGAUGCAGGAUCCGCAAGAGAGGUGCUCGGUGAAGCUUGUGAAAGAGCGUUUCAGUGUUUCAGACGGUAACCGGGUUAAGUAGGUUAAAGCUAUUGCGGAAACUCUUUCAUUCCAACAGUUUUGCUUUCCCAUUUCUAGGCUAUGCAAGCAUGGACUGAGUGUCUGCUUGUAGUCCACUUCCAAUAGUGGAGGUUGCAGAAGCUUUUCACUUAUCCACAGCAUAACUGAGACCAAAACCCACAUUGUUGGUAUGUCUUUAUUAUUUCAACAGUCCAUCGCCACGUCAGGAUCUUUGUCUUGUAAAUGUUUAUAUCAAAUAUGAAAAAUCUAAAUACAAGUGACUGUAUUUCUUUUGUUCUUUUAUACAUGUGGCAUGUGUUGCACCCACAGUUAAUUCUGUAGUGAUUAAAAUGAAUAAAACGUAAAUGGGCUUUUUCAAAAGACA